AUGCGUUUUUCCGAGGUGCUCGCCGCCUCUGUGGUGGUGCCCCUGGUUGCUGCUCAUGGUGGUAUCCAGGGAGCCCCUAAGCUCUUCGGUCUUCCCAGCGACGUCAAGAUCAGGACUCCUAGUCCUCGUGCUGCCCGUGCUGCCGCCGCCGCUCAGGGUCCCCACCAUUUGCUUGCCCGUCAGGGUGGUGACGCAAACAACCGUUGCGGACCGAGUUUCGGAAACGCUGUUUGUGCUGAAGGAUACUGCUGCUCUGGUGCUGGAUACUGUGGAAAUACCCCCGAGCACUGCAACGCCCCCGACUGCCUCUUCAACUACGGUCCUGGCUGUGAUGCCAACAAGACGCCUGUUGGAGCCAGCACUCGCAACGACGCUCGUCCUCAAAAGGGCAGUGUCCAAUAUGGUGGUGCUGGUAUCUACAACUGCUUGAAGCCAGGUACCGUUGCCAUCACCUAUGAUGAUGGCCCAUACAUCUACACCGACCAGGUUCUUGACCAGUUCAACGCUGCCGGUUUCAAGGCCACUUUCUUUGUUACUGGUAUCAACAUCGGAAAGGGUGCUAUUGAUGAGAAAUGGAGUGCGGUCAUCAAGCGUAUGUAUGCCGAAGGUCACCAGGUCGCUUCCCACACUUGGUCUCAUCAGGAUCUCUCAGCAAUCACUGAGGCCCAGGUCUACGACCAGAUGGUCAAGAACGAGAUGGCCAUCCGCAACAUCAUUGGCAAAUACCCCACCUACAUGCGCCCUCCCUACUCGUCCUGCACCGGUACCUGCCAGAACGUCUUGAAGAACCUUGGCUACGUUGUUUCUUACUUCGACUUGGAUACCGAUGACUACAACCAGCUCACUCCCGAAAAGAUCCAGAUCGCUAAGGACAACUUCGUUGGCAACAUGAGUACCGUCGAGCCCACCAGUGGAAGCAAGCUUGCUAUCGGCCACGAUAUCCAUGAGCUAACUGCUCUGAACCUGACUGUCACCAUGAUCGAGACCCUCCAGGCGCGUGGCUUCAAGGGCGUCACCAUGGGUGAGUGCAUGAACGAGCCCGAGGCGAACUGGUACCGUGACUCUACCCCCGGUACCCCCACUCCCUCGUCCACUCGCGUCUCAUCCACAGCUGGGCCAACCUCCACACCCACUGGUGCCGUCUCCACUGACGGAUCCUGCGGUGGCACCAACGGCUACAAGUGCUCAGGCUCAUCUUUCGGAAACUGCUGCUCCCAGUACGGCUGGUGCGGAGCUACAACUGACCACUGCGGAACUGGCUGCAAUUCUCUCUUCGGCAGCUGCGGCACCAACGCUAAUCCUAGCUCUGCUCCUGCCUCCCCAGCCACCUCGUCGUCUGCUCCCCAGCCCACAGGUGCCUUGAAGACCUCCACUGACGGCUCCUGUGGCGCUGCUUCCGGCUUCACCUGCGUUGGCUUCGUUCAUGAGGGUGCUAAGUCGGAGUGCUGCUCGCAGUACGGAUACUGCGGUGCUUCCACUGACCAUUGCGGAACCGGAUGCAAUCCCCUCGCUGGUAACUGUGGCUCAGUAAGUUCUUCUGUCUCAUCUUCGGUCGCCCAGUCUUCGUCGGCCCCCGUUUCAUCAGACAAGCACGAUCCGACCUCUUCUUCAGCAGUUCACACUUCUUCCGCUACUUCGAAUGCGGUGCACUCUUCAUCGGCUACACCUUCAGUCUCUACCGAUAAGUCUGGCGAUAAGUCCAGCACAGUUUCUUCAGUUCACCACGACUCUACUUCUGCUUCAGAGAAGCUCGAGUCCAGCACCGUUACCUCUAUCUACCCCUCCAGCUCUUCCUCUGCCUCAGACAAGCACGACGACCACUCCAGCACCGUUUCUUCUGUCUACUCAGACGUAACGUCCUCUGCUUCCGACAAGCACGAGUCAAACUACCCUUCAGCCACCUCAUCCGACUCUGUACCAACCAAGCCCAGUCAAACUAGCUCGGUCUACGCCGAUGACUACCCGACCGCUACAUCCUCGUCUGCCGAACACUCCGUGGCUUCAUCGACCGGUAAGCACCCUGUAGAGACUUCCUCUGCAGCGUACUCCGCCGCGUCCUCGACCGGUGCCUACAAGGUCUCCUCUUCGACCGCCCAUUCCCCUGCCUCCUCGCCCACUCCCGACUACCUUACCACCCUCGCCUCCUCGGUCCGCUCUGCCAGUUCCACCUCUUGCACCACCCCGUCGACCCCUACUCCUAUCCCCACUCAACCCGUCUCCAAGAACGGCAAGUGCGGGGGUAAGAACGGCCAGACCUGCGCUGGCUACAAGAACAGCUUUGGCCUCAAGCUUGAGUGCUGCUGCAAGCAGAGCGGGCGCUGCUCCGCUGACCCUUGGUCUUGCGGGCUUGGCUGCGACAAGAAGAACGGAAAGUGCUGGUACUAA